ACUUUAAGCAAAGCCAAAGAACGGUUUAAGAUAAAAACAAAAAACAACUUAAGAUAAAAUACUAUUUUUUUUUGCGAUCGUAGUUGAUCUAAAAACCCACAACAGAAGAGGAAAAGGAGAAGGAUACGGAUAGACACUUUAGAAAGAGUCAAAGAAAAGAACUGUGCGAUCAGACAAACAACUUCACGGGACUUGUGCAAAGCGCAGUCAGAGCUGUCUCUUUAUAAAUAAAAUUCUAAAAAAAAAAAAUACUAAAAGAAGGAAAGAACAAAAAUACCAAGAAAUAAGUACAUAUAUUCUAUAAGUGUAACCAAACAAGCAGUGAGAUUAAAUUCUAAGCACAAACCAAACGAAUACCGAGUGCAGCCACAAAGGAAACUUUAACAGUCACUGUUAACACUAACAGCAACAGUUAACAGAGCCGAAUAACUGCUAACAGCAAUACCGACUGUUAACAGAGAACCGAACCACUAACUGUAGAGACAACUGUUAACAGUUAACAGACAGCAACUGUUAACGGUUAACAGUACCAGCAGUAGAGACAGCAUCAUUAGCACCAACAUCAACAUUAACACUAACGGCAACAGCAACAGCAACAGUAACGAAAACAUGACCAACGCCAUGGAUAUUGUUAAAAACGGCAGCACCAACGGCUCCGUCGACGGCAGCAAUGAUGAGUCGCGUACCAAUUUGAUUGUCAACUAUCUGCCACAAACCAUGACGCAAGAGGAGAUGCGUUCGCUCUUCUCAAGCAUUGGUGAGUUGGAGAGUUGCAAACUGGUGCGUGAUAAAGUCUCAGGUAAUUUGGUCUUGCCAGCAUCAUUGACCGCACUCAAUCCGGCUCUGCAGCAAGGCCAGAGUUUGGGCUAUGGAUUUGUUAACUAUGUGCGUGCCGAAGAUGCUGAGAAGGCAGUGAACACCCUGAAUGGGCUGCGAUUGCAGAAUAAGGUUAUUAAAGUAUCAUACGCCCGUCCAAGUUCAGAAUCAAUAAAGGGUGCUAAUUUAUAUGUAUCGGGUCUUCCCAAAAAUCUAUCACAACCAGACUUGGAGGGGAUGUUUGCGUCGUUUGGCAAAAUAAUUACAUCUCGUAUACUCUGUGAUAAUAUUUCUGGUCUAUCGAAGGGUGUCGGCUUUAUACGCUUCGAUCAACGCAACGAAGCCGAACGCGCCAUACAGGAGCUUAACGGUAAAACCCCGAAGGGCUAUGCCGAACCGAUUACCGUUAAGUUCGCCAACAAUCCAAGCAAUAGCGCCAAGGCCCAAAUAGCCCCGCCCCUAACCGCCUACUUGACACCGCAAGCGGCAGCGGCAACCCGUCGCCUAGCCGGUGCCCUACCAUCAGCCGGACGUAUCAGCAUUGGAAAAAGUCCCAUGUUAGCGAUUAACAAGGGUUUGCAAAGAUACUCGCCGCUGGCUGGGGAUCUAUUGGCCAAUUCAAUAUUGCCGGGCAAUGCAAUGACCGGAUCUGGUUGGUGUAUAUUCGUCUAUAAUCUGGCACCCGAAACCGAGGAGAACGUCCUGUGGCAGCUGUUUGGACCCUUCGGUGCCGUGCAGUCGGUGAAGGUCAUACGCGACUUGCAGACUAGCAAGUGCAAGGGAUUCGGCUUCGUUACCAUGACCAACUACGAUGAGGCUGUGGUGGCCAUACAAUCGCUAAACGGCUAUACACUGGGCAAUCGGGUGCUACAGGUUAGCUUUAAGACUAACAAAACCAAAACCACUUAAGGUCAACAUCUAAGCGAGAUCAACAAACUGAAUGUAACUUUUCUUUAUCAUUUAACUAUGAUUUGAACUUCUCUCAUUCCCUCUAUGAAGAAUCUUUUUGGAUGUUUGAGCAUCUGAAAUAGUAUUGUAAAAUGUUUGGCAGUUAUGUAACUAUGGCGAGUUGUAGUCAUAAUUGAAAUACACACACACACAAGCACACGAAAACACACACAUAUAUACACACACACACACACACACACACA